UCAUGCUCCCAAAAUGGGACAUAAAGUGGUUGUCUUCGACAUUUCUGUCGUCAGAGCCUUGUGGGAAACUCGUGUGAAGAAGCACAGAGCUUGGCAGAAGAAGGAGGCGGAAAGGCUUGAGAAGAGUGCCUUGGAGAAGAUAAAGGAGGAGUGGAACUUUGUGGCCGAAUGCAGGAGGAAGGGCAUCCCCCAGGCUGUGUACUGCAAGAAUGGCUUCAUAGACACCAGCGUGCGGCUUCUGGACAAGAUUGAAAGGAAUGCUCUCACAAGGCAGAGUUCACUUCCUAAGGACAGAGGCAAACGGAGCAGUGCGUUUGUGUUCGAACUUUCUGGGGAGCACUGGACGGAGCUCCCAGAUUCAUUGAAGGAGCAGACACACCUGAAAGAAUGGCACAUAAGCAAUACCCUGAUUCAAAUCAUUCCUACAUAUAUUGAGUUAUUUCAAGCGAUGAGAAUUCUGGAUCUGCCAAAAAACCAAAUCUCACAUCUUCCAGCAGAAAUCGGUUGUUUGAAGAACCUGAAAGAACUCAAUGUGAGUUUCAACCAUCUGAAGAGCAUUCCUCCAGAAUUGGGAGAUUGUGAAAAUCUAGACAGACUGGAUUGUUCUGGAAAUCUAGAAUUAAUGGAGCUGCCCUUUGAAUUAAGUAAUUUGAAGCAAGUUACAUUUGUAGAUAUCUCAGCAAACAAGUUUUCCAGUGUCCCGAUCUGUGUCCUGCGGAUGUCGAAUUUGCAGUGGUUGGAUAUCAGCAACAAUAACCUGAUCGACCUGCCUCAAGAUAUAGACAGGCUAGAAGAGCUGCAGAGCUUUCUCUUGUAUAAAAACAAGUUGACCUACCUUCCCUACUCCAUGCUGAACCUGAAGAAGCUCACUCUGUUAGUCGUCAGUGGGGACCAUUUGGUGGAGCUCCCAACUGCCCUUUGUGACUCGUCCACACCUUUAAAAUUUGUAAGCCUUAUGGACAAUCCUAUUGAUAAUGCCCAGUGUGAAGAUGGCGAUGAAAUAAUGGAAAGUGAACGGGAUCGCCAACAUUUUGAUAAAGAAGUUAUGAAAGCCUAUAUUGAAGACCUUAAAGAAAGAGAAUCUGUUCCCAGCUAUACCACCAAAGUGUCUUUUAGCCUUCAACUUUGAUAUCUAUCAGAAGACUGCAAAUCUCACUAUUCUCUGGAGCUAUAUAUAAAUCUUUGUUAUGAUCAUGUCAUAUAGGAAGAGUGGCUUGUGCUUAAGGACAAAGCCUAGAAACCACUGUCAUAGUUGCUAAGAAAAAUGGUUUUCAAAUAUCAAAUAUAUGAAUAUCUCCCUCCAUGGAUUGGUGAAUUGAAAAAUUGGUUUAUAUAUUGAUAUUUCCGGGUUCAUUUGCAUAUACUUGUUUCCAAAUAAUGCACAUUUAAUAUGUUUUAAAAUGUCUUAUUUUUAAGGAUUAUAACUAAAAGACCAAAUAC